AUGGCUCUGAUCGGUGGGAAGUGCAGUGACCUGGACAAUAAUUUCUACGAGGCCGCCGCCCUGACGGAUGUGAGCGCGUCUGGAGCGAGGAGAUUUUCAGCCCUCGACGCGAUAUCCGGAGUGGAAGGUGGCACAACGGAUGCAAGCCGCGCUGCGGACAACAAUACAACUUGCCCCUUGCAGCCCAACAGCUACAGUGCGGCAGCCCGUGGGAUUCUUUCAUGGCAGGUCAUCGCACCCCAAGCGGCAUGGGGGAUUUGGUUACGUGCUGGUGGACACGAACACGCCAGACAACAACGGCAUACUAGCAGGUGGAGGCAGCAGAGAGCAACUACCAGAUAA